GGGACAGUUAAAGAUAAUGACCGGCUUUGAAAGAUGGCAGCACCACGAGAGAGUAAAAAUGGCGUCGAGUUAUUUGUAAAAUUUGACACUUAGUUAUGAUAAAUAAUUGUAAAUAAAUUCUGUUUGUUGUGACAUCAAUUAAAUAAUGGAGUAUUUAGUAGCGAAUGUCGAUGAAAUGAAAUUUGACAUUGAAAUUGCUUUAGAUGAACAAUAUGGCGCUCUCCCGUUACCUUUUACCGGCAUGGACAAAUCAAUUGCGGCUGUUUGCCAAUUUUAUCCAAGUGGUUCAUGUACCAAAGGUCCUUCGUGCCCAUUCAGACAUGUUCGAGGUGAUCGAACUAUUGUAUGUAAACAUUGGCUCAGAGGACUUUGUAAAAAAGGAGACCAAUGUGAAUUUCUUCAUGAGUAUGAUAUGACGAAAAUGCCGGAAUGUUAUUUUUAUUCAAGAUUUAAUGCAUGUCACAAUAAAGAAUGCCCUUUUCUACACAUCGAUCCUGAAACAAAAGUUAGAGAUUGUCCUUGGUAUGAUCGAGGAUUCUGUAGACAUGGCCCACUUUGUCGACAUCGUCAUGUCAGAAGAGUUCUUUGUAUGGCUUAUUUAGCUGGAUUUUGUCCUGAAGGUCCUAAUUGUAAAUUUAUGCAUCCAAGAUUUGAACUACCUGCUGUUCAAGACAUGCAGCCAAAGGAGGGCAAAAAAGUGAUGAUUACCUGUCACUUCUGUGGAGAAGGUGGACACAAAGCAAUCUAUUGCAACAAGAUGCCUCCUGAUGUGAGAGAAGCACAAGUGCGGCAAGAAAUUGAAAGUGGUGGUCCUCAUCAGCCAUAUCAUCAUAUGAAUAUGCACAAUGGUCCACCUCCACGAGGACCUCAGAAACCAUUAGAAGAAGUAACGUGUUAUAAAUGUGGAACUAAAGGCCAUUAUGCCAAUAAAUGUCCGAAAGGUCAUUUAGCAUUUUUAAGUCAUGCGAAUUCAGCGGGAGGCAAUGGAAAUGAAGCUAAUUAUAGAAGAUAAUCUUGUAAUAAAUUUAUUUACUCUUAAGAUUGUCAUGUUAUUUUUUUCCUGAUAAAUUAGCGAAAUAAAAUUAUGAAUUUUCUACGAAAAA